CACCCCCACGCCUCUUGGUCAUCCUCGCCUCCGCUCCGCUGUCUUUGCCGCCCUCUCGCAUGCACGACCGCUCGCCCCAAAGCGCCCCGCCGGCGCCCAAUCUCUUCCUGGGAAAUGUCAUCCUCCCGGACUCCAUCCUUGCCGCCUCGCCCUCCACGAAGGAGGGCCUCUCGCCGGAACUGGAGUAUGACCUUCGCGUCUGGACCUGCGACUUCGUUUGGGAGCUUGGCAUCGCUCUGACUCUCCCCCAGAACGUCAUCUCCACGGCGCAGGUUCUCCUCCAACGGUACUACUACCAGGUGUCCUUCAGCCGAAGCCCCGCCGGGCCGACCGCCCUGGCGGCUGUCUUCCUGGCAUCCAAGCUGUGCGAGCGCCCACGCCAUCAUCGUGAUGCCAUUUUCGUGUACCACUACCUGGCGUGGCGCGCGCAGCAGGGGUCCGCCCCGCAGUCGCGUGCGGUCAUUGCCCAGCCCACCGAGGCCGACUUGAAGACCGCUCGGCAGAAAGAGCGCCAGCGUCUGGAGGGCGACAAUCCGCUGGACGCCACGCCAACAUCGGAUCGCAUGCGCACCGGCUUGGCCUCCAGUGCGGGUGGCGACGCAAGUGCACCCAGCCUCCCCCUGGAUGCGGGUUACUCGCCGCUGGUCUCCUUCAGUGAUGAGUACACUCGGCUUGAGAAUAUUCUCUUUACCAUGGAAAAGGUCAUCAUUCGAGCCUUGGGCUUCCACCUCCAUGUGGAGCUUCCCCAUGCAUCGCUGCUCAUCUAUGCCAAUGUGCUGGGCUUGCACGACCUGCACCACCGGACCGACGAGUCGACAAAUGACGCGGAUGAAGCCGAUGAAGCCGACGAAGCGACGGCCCCGGCACCGGCAUCGCCCUCCAGCCGCUCCUCCCUAUCGCCGUACCUGAAGAGCUUGCCGCCCGCCAUUCGGGAGCGCCUCCUCGAUUCGGACUACCACCUCAUCCAACGAGCAUGGAACUUCUGCAAUGACGCCCUGGUGACCAAUCUGCUGGUCAAGUAUGAGCCAGUGGUGGUCACCUGUGCCGCAGUGGAUCUGGCAUGUCGAGUGGCCGGGCGACCGCUUCCUCUCGGCUGGAAUGCCCUCUUCGGAUGUAGCGAUGGCGUGGCCCUCGACACGGGUGGCCGCUGCUGGCCGGAUGAAUGCCCCUGCGACGGACCGACCCUGGAUCAGGGAGAACAUGCUGACCAUGGGUCUGAACUCCGGCCGAAGCGUCACCGCGAUGCGGCCCUCUCCCUGGUCGACCAGAUUGCCCGGGAAAUUGUCGCGCCGUACAUUCGCCGGCGCGUGAUCGCCGGUGCCCCGGAUCCCACGGGCGCGACCAACUACGGCCCAGCCGGCCUGGCCGGCAAUCCUAAGUACCACUUCAUUCUCUUCGAGACGGAGGGCCUCCGGCCGGAUGUGUUCCUGAGUGCGCAUGAGCUCGGGGACCAGCCCCCGGAGGCCACGGCCAUUGAGCGCCAGUCGCCCAUGGGGAACCAACAGCCCGCCCCGAUUAUGGGGAGAGCCCCCUCCCUCUCGGGGCCGGGCUCCUCGGCCACCCCUGCCAGCCGGGACGGGCCCCCGGGUCCGGAGGCUGGCUCGGGAGCGGCCCGACAGCAGGCGGCCCAAUCGGACUCCCCUGAUGAGGUUGAGCGCCAGCGGCGUAUUGCCGCCACCCGGGCCGAAGCCGCUCAAAUUCUUUCGUCUCUCGGUCGGAAGUAAAAUGACACCCGGUUGGGGGAAUCCGGAAAAUGGCCCAAAAUAGAUUGCCACAGUGGCAAAGCGAGCUCGGGAAA